CUCUCUCUCUCUCGCCGUCUCUCCCUGCUCCCCCUCGUUCGCUGCUCUGCUGGACGCCAUGUGCGCCGCCGGGUCUCGCCGAGACAACACGUCUGCCCUGCGGCCCCGCUCCGCCAUGGUCGCCGGUGGCCCGUGACCCGGAGGAGCCAUGCAGGCGUGGCCGCGGCUGCUGACGGCCGUGCUGGGGCUGCUGUGCGGCGCGCGGGCUCACCUCAACCUCUUCGUCAGCCAGGCCGAGGUCAUGAAGCUGCUGGGUCUCUCGGCGGAGCUGUACUACGUGCGCGACGGGGUCGUCAACAUCUACGCCAUGAACUUCGUGGUGCCUGUACCGGCGCACAUCACCGACCUCGAGUUCUCGUGGCAGGCGCUCACCAGGGCUCCGCUGCCGUACGCGUGGUCGUUCGUGUACGACAACCACGACGCGCUGAGACCUCCGGAGCUGGACAUCCCCGCCAGAGGCCUGGUGCCCGCGAAGGUGCAGACGUUCAGGGUGCGGUUCCCGUGCUCAGGCUCGAUGAGCGCUGAAGUGCUCGUGCUGAUGCAGCUCAACGUCAGCUUGUACAACGACUCUGCGCUCAGCUUCCGCCGCAACAAGAUCUGCCUGAAAGAGACGUCCAGUCCGCGCAACGAGUCGGUGCGCGUGGACAGCUCGCUCAUCACGUCCAGCGGCACCUUCUACGUGGCGGUGGCCUGCGCCUGCCUCAUGAUCCUGCUGGUGGUGGCCGUGGCGUCGCUCGUCUACGUCAAGAGCAAGAAGGCGCGCGCCCAGGAGUCUCUCCACGCCGACUACAACAGCGCCGCGUACGGCAGCAACCAGAACGUGUUCCCGCGCCUGGACGCGCUGGGCCCGAGCAGCGGCGGGAGUGCCACCGGCAGCAGCAGCCCGCGCUACUGCUCCGUGGCUGGGGACGACCACAGCUUGCACGUGUACGCCACUCCGGCGCCGCGGUUCUCGCCCUCGCCCGCCGUCUCCCAGGUUGCCCUGCAUGAUCCACGACUUGUCGACCCCACCCAAAGACUGAAGGACCUUUCCGUUGACCGCCAAAACAUUGAACUUCUCUCUGUCCUGCAUGAAGGGACUUUUGGCCGCAUCUUCCUCGGCAGCUUUCUACACAAUCAGAGAAAGGUGGAGGUCAUCGUGAAAACUGUGUCUGACCAAGCGUCCAAGUUCCAGAUCUCGCUGACGCUGGCCGAGGGCACGAUGUUCCACGGCCUCAGCCACAAGAACCUGCUGUCCGUGCUGGCGGUGAACACGGACAACCCCAAGCAGCCGCUCGUCGUGUACGGCUACUGCAACAAGGGCAACCUCAAGCGGUUCCUGCAGAGCAGCCGCCUGGGCGAGCAGCACUGCGCGCUGCUCACGCAGGACCUGGUGGACAUGGGUCUUCAGGUGGUGCUCGCCAUGACGUACCUGCACGCGCGCGGCGUGUGCCACAAGGACCUGGCCGCGCGCAACUGCGCGGUGAACGACAAGCUGCAGGUGAAGGUGGCUGACAGCGCGCUGUCCAGAGAUCUGUUCCCCGCCGACUACUACUGCCUCGGCGACAACGAGAACCGACCAAUCAAGUGGCUCGCGCUCGAGAGCCUCGCCAGCAAGCACUUCACCGCCGCCUCCGACGUGUGGUCGUUCGGCGUGCUUCUGUGGGAGCUGACCACGCUCGCCCAGCAGCCCUACGCCGAGGUGGACCCCUUCGAGAUGGCGGACUACCUGCGCGACGGCUACCGCCUGGCGCAGCCCCUCUGCUGCCCGGACGAGCUGUUCGCGCUGAUGGCUUGCUGCUGGUUCACUGCCCCCGAGGAGAGGCCGGCCUUCUCGCAGCUGCUGUCGUGCCUGCAGGAGUUCUACACCGCCCUCGGCAGAUACAUCUAGCCCGGCACCUCCCCUUGUUCAACCCCCCCAACUGCACUGUCCACCAUUCAGCUCGCUUUGGCACUGUUUUGCCGCCGCCUUUGAAUAUAUAUAUACUGCAUAGAAGUCGCCAGCCCAGGUUAAAAUUUCUAAUACGGUUUUGAGGUAGUUGGUUAAUUCACCGCCGCAAUCGCCACCAUCUCUAGGGCAUCGACUUGUGGUGGUCCCUAGCGGACAAGUGUCGAACUCUUCAAACACCCCUUCCCCCCUCCAGUUGAACGACCUUGAGCUGCAGUGAAUGAUCGAUGGGGGGUGCGGGGAAUGACAGCGGGCGACAGUGCUGCGCUCUAACGUGUAAAUAACAACUAAGACGAUACAGGGCGUUACGGCAGCGCACUGCAGCGGUGAAGUUCCCAAGCUGCUUAGCAUACGCUUCUGAAAAACGUAGAGUAAAUCCUAUCCACUCGCGACUUCUAUACAGUAUAUAUAUUCAAAGCCGCCGCCCACCCACUGCCCGCACGCUCUCGCGACUUUCCCCGAUAUGAGGCGCGGUGCACUUGGUCCGAGGCAUUCCCUUGCUGAAGCUGCUUGUAUCCACAGCACCGAGGAAGACAAGGGGAAUUCAUUGACCGGUCGGCACGCCUUUUUCUGUUCUCCGCGUUCUCCAACACUGACCAUGUUGCGGGGAAGCCUUUAAUGUGUGGCGCGGGAUUUUUUUUUUUGACACUGACUGAAGAUCCCUCAGGGUAUGUCGGAGAAACCGUGGCUCAAUGGAAGAAGCUGCAGAAAAAAAAAUUAAAACUAAAUCUUUUUGAACUAUACAAAAAGCUAAAUUUUUUCCGUCUUUUACAUCGCUGAAGCUACCGAGAAUACGUACUUAAAGUUUUUUUUUUGUAUUUGUAAGCCGGUAAGGGGUUGCAUAAGUUCGAUGAGAUCCAUUUGCUGAAAUGAUCACAAAAUUAAACAAAGUACUAAAUUUUGGGAGUGAACGAUUAAGAGCAUACAUUCUAGUGUUUUGACAUAAACUGCUUGAAACAUAGGAACGCAAAGCAAUGUACAAAAAGUUGUUGAGCCAGUUAUGUCCAGUGACGGUCUUAAGAGGCGAUGGGAGCUAUCUCCCCCCCCCCCCCAACUAAUCCACAAUCCCUAGAACUUAAAUUAAGAAAAUUAACUGGAGGUAUGACCACAUAAAUAAUCUACCUCAGUCCGCAUAUAAUCUGGGUUGUAAAUAUUUUUUUUUUGUAAAAAUAUAUUAUUUUACCUUUUUUAAUGCUACUUUACAGUGUAAAUUUGUUAAACUUCAGUCAUCUUAAAAAUCUGAUAGAGCCAUAGUUUUGUUGAUAAUUUUCAAGAUGUCAGAAAUUUUUUUAAGUAGUUUUUUUAAUGGGGCUAGUAUUUUUAUAAAUUAUCUACAAACUUCCUUUUAGCUGGUAGUAAGUAUUCCUCACCACCCAAAUUCUUAGUUCAUCAGCCCUCCCCGAUUUGACAGUUGUGUUCUCCACUGAAUCUGUCCACAAAGUUGGGGAUAACAUCAGAAACUAUAUAACAAGUUUUCCAAACACAUACGCAAUUCUGAAAGUUCUAUUAGAUGAGUUUUUGGGCAAGUCUGAGUUCUGGUUUCUCUAAUUGCAAGUAACUUGUGUGUUAAAAGUUUAAUCAAUGAUCAACGAGACAAUUAACUGUAGCAGCAGAACGUAACGUAGUAACGUUUUUUAAAACAAUUAGGUACUAUGAUAUGGUUUUGCUUUUUUUAGGAAACAAAUAGCAAUAUAUGUAGUUAAAUGUAUUUUUCCUGUAUCUGCCAUUAGUUAACAAAAAUAACCUAUGACUGGAAAACAUAAACAAAUAAAUAACAUAAAACAUUUGUGUUAUUUUUAAUAUUCUUUUUAUAAAUUGCAAUGAAAAUUUCGAAUUAAAGUUAUUUAAAUCAAACACUAAAUAUUUCAAGAAUUUUAAUGUGAGUAUUACCGAAGAAUUUUUAUUGGCUUAAGUUGUAAUUAGUUAGAAAAUUGAAUGCAAACAAGAAAAUUUCUGUAUUUGUCAUUUAUUUUUCCCGGUACCAAUGUUAAAAGCGAGAAACAUUCCACCAUAAAUUUUCAUACGCAUUAAGUAAACACAUUAGGAUAAAACCAGUGUAUGAACACAUACCUAAAAAAUCCUCGUAAGCCUUAGCAAUAUAUUAAUAUAUUUUAGUGUUACAUGAGGAUGAGUAGAUAAAAUUAUUGUAAUGAGUAGGAACAAUGUACUGCAGGCCAUGCUUAUAGAAAGAAGUGUAAUAAAAGCCUUGAAAAGACAAUUUUAAAAGUAGAAAAAUAGGUAUAACAUUUAAAGUAUUAAUGUAAGUGGAAUCUAGUCGCGAUACCUUACAAAACUUAAAACUCCGCACCGAAGGAUAUUUUAAUUUUAUUUACUUGGGUAAUAUAACCAUUAGUUACAUUUUGUUCACUUACAAAUGAUUUAAAAAGUCUUUGUCAUUAAUUAUUUAUUUAAUAAUACAUAUGUGCCUUAUCUAUAGAUUAUAAAGUGCAUGUCAUUAUAAUUUUAAAAAUUUCACUUUACAUUUCUUUACUAUAUAACAUUUUUGUUUCUAACAUUACCCAAAACAUUUCUUUCCUUAUUAUUGAAAUUUUAUGGAAAUAAAGUGUGCUUACCACGGCAACUCUUUAUCAGAGUCUUUAAUUUCUAAACAAUUUAAUAAUAAAACUUUUUGAGAAUAUUUCACAGAAGUGUAGUUUUUUACUGAACAUAGUAGGUUAUUUUUGUAGCAGCACAAGAGGCAGGGUUACGCAUCCCCUUAAGAUCCAUUCGAGUCAUGUAUAGAUCACAGUUUGACAGCAACUUUGCAGCAGACCACUCAACAGGCGGGCUUGUUUACUAUCCCUUUCAAAAUCAUCAAAAUAGUGCCAAAGACACGCUGAAUAACACCCACAUGUGUGUCAGCAUGUUGCUGCUAGUGCAGACAACUAAUAAGUGUGUAAUGUUUCUGUACUGAAAUUAUGUUGUGCAACCUCAAUGUUUCUUCUGAAUAUUACUCUUAAGCCUAAUUACGUAAACUUAAUUUUAAGGUGUUCUUUCCACAUUGUUGAGUGUACCAUUACCUUCUGUAUUAUAUUAAAGGUUAACGUGUAAAAUCUAAAGAAAUAACAUUUUAUAUUCAUAUUUCAAUAUUUUCCAGUAUUAUUUAUUAUUUGUGUUAAAAAUGAAAGCUAUUUACAGUGUAAUACUCAUUAAAUUAAUUCGUAAAUGAAUAUUUUCCCUCAUUAAAAAUAAUAACCAAACAAUAUUUAAAACAAAAACAAAAUAUCUAUGAUAUGUAUGGAAAGUACACUGCCAAUAAGAAUUGAAGGAUGGAUGAAUGUUUGAUAGGCAAUUUGAGGUUAGUACUUACUGAUAGAGGCUCAAAAGAGAUUGAUUUUAAAAGUUGUCCCAAACAUGAACAGAUUUUAUGAACCUAACCUAGGUACUGAAAAGUUACAUUAGUUAAAGCACAAGUUGGAAAAUUUACUGUACGACAUGAGUUAUAAAUAGUUAUAUCUGUAAAACAUGUGUAUCUUUGAGUAAAGGCGAAUUACCCACAAAAAAAUAAAAACAGUUCAUGGAAAAA